AUGGAGCUGCCAACCAUUAACCCUGGCGCUGAAGUCAGCCCUGAGUCAGCAGAGUUUCGGCUUUGUCGUGUUCCCAUUGUGGAGGCGAGGCUGCAAGCUCAGACUGUCAUAGUCAAUGACACAGUCUCGGGGUUCAUUGGAACAGAUGUUGUCCUGCACUGCAGCUUCACCAACCUACACCCCAACGUGAAGAUCACGCAGGUCACGUGGCAGAAAUCCACCAAUGGCUCCAAGCAAAAUGUGGCCAUCUACAACCCUGCCAUGGGGGUCUCCAUCCUGUCUCCCUACAAAGACCGGGUGACUUUCCGGAACCCUUCUUUCAAAGAUGUCACCAUACAACUCUCCCGGCUAGAGCUGGAGGAUGAGGGAGUUUACAUCUGUGAGUUUGCUACCUUCCCAACUGGCAACCGGGAAAGUCAAUUGAACCUCACUGUGCUGGCCAAACCCACAAAUUGGAUGGAGGGCACCACCCGACCGCUUAUUGCUAAGUCUGGCAGGACAGAAAAGAUCUUGGUGGCUACUUGCACCUCCUCUAAUGGGAAGCCUCCCAGCACUGUUACUUGGGAUACGAGGCUCAAAGGGGAAGCGGAAUUUCAGGAGAUCCGAAACAGCAAUGGAACCAUCACAGUGAUCAGCCGAUACCGGCUGGUGCCAAGCAGGGAGGCCCACCGGCAGCAGCUCAUGUGCGUGGUGAACUACCAGCUGGACCGCUUCACUGAUAGCAUGACCCUCAAUGUGCAGUAUGAGCCAGAAGUCACUAUUGAGGGUUUUGAUGGCAACUGGUUUCUCAACCGGAAGGAUGUAAAGCUGAUAUGCAAAUCUGAUGCCAACCCCCCAGCUCACACCUAUGAAUGGAAGCUGCCAAAUGGGACUCUGCCAGGGAGUGUGGAAAUCCAGAACAACACCAUCUACUUUAAAGGACCUGUUUCCUACAGCGUAGCUGGCACUUACAUCUGUGAAGCUUCCAAUGCCAUCGGUACACGGUCAGGCUUGGUGGAAGUCAAUGUCACAGAAUUUCCCUCCACCCCGUCUCCAAACGAUGAUCGCAAAUCCGUGGUGCAGCCGAACAUCCCCACACCCGUGAUUGGGGGCAUAGUGGGAGGCGUCUCGCUGGUCCUGGUGGUGGCUGUGGUGCUCGUUGUGGUGCUCCGGCGCCGGCGUCACACCUUCAAGGGUGACUACAGCACUAAGAAGCACGUGUAUGGCAACGGCUACAGCAAGGCUGGCAUCCCGCAGCAUCACCCUCCCAUGGCCCAAAACCUGCAGUACCCCGACGACUCUGACGACGAGAAGAAGCCGGGCCCGCUGGGCGGCAGCACCUACGAGGACGAGGACGAGGAUGCGGGAGGCGAGCGCAAGUUGGGUGGCCCCAACAAGUACGAGGAGGAUGCUAAGCGGCCUUACUUCACGGUCGACGAGGGAGAGGCCCAUCCUGAACCUUAUGACGAAAGGACACUCGGCUUCCAGUAUGACCCCGAGCAGCUAGACAUAGCGGAGAACAUGGUCUCGCAGAACGACGGGUCUUUUAUUUCCAAAAAGGAGUGGUAUGUGUAGCUCGCCCCCCU